GGGUGAUACAUGUUUCAAGGGUGUAGAUGGGGUGCUGCGAGACCUUGAACGACAGCAUGAACGAUGACGCAAUUCAUCCAGGCGAAGUUAUCGCUGCACUGGUGCACCUGGAAAGUGGCAGCUGCGCAAUUUGACCCAUGUUUAGAGCCCCGGCUCGCGGUGCAACUUAGACGAAGUCAUUCACAAUUCUGUACAACAAGUCCACCUCGACCGGGCUCGAAUUUGUCAACCUCCACAGGCAUAGUGGAUGCAGGACUCGUACAUGCAUAUUCAUCGCCCUGUUCUCAUGACAAACAAUUUAAAUGAGCACCGUACGAUCACGAGCUCUCUAACACUAGCGCCAACAACACCUCAUACUCUUCCUCACAUUUAAUGCUGAUCGAAGGACAUCAUACUAGUAAUACUCCACAAGGUUGGUCUCAAGCUCUCUGCGGUUCUCUAGUGCAAAAGUUCCGCUACCCCCAUCGCCGUACCCAGGCCCUCCAUAAGCAACGAGGUUGGUUUCCAGCUCCUCGCGCUUCUCGCCCUCGUCUCU